GUCGCGUAGUCCAGUUCUCUCCUCGUUUGGGGUGGAUUACGAUCGCGUUUCUCAGAUACCGACGCUGCUGCAGGCAGGAUAUGCAACAGAAUCUUGUUCAUUUCCCCGCUGGGCGAUCUCGUUCGCCGACGUCAGCUCAUCCUGACUCUCACUCUCGUUUCUGCCAGUCUGACCGUGGGGGUGGCCGUUACUAAGAACAUCGUCGUGUUCGAGGCGUUGUCCUUUCCAUCGGCAUGGUAUCGCUCACACCGCAGAUCAUGAUCCCUCUCGCAGCCGAUCUAGCCCCGCCAGAACGCCGAGGAUCGGCGCUGUCCAUCGUUAUUCCGGCUUACUUCUCGGUGUCCUCGUGGCCCGAGUCAUUGCUGGGAUCAUCGGCCAAUUCACAUCGUGGCGGGUGGUACUACCUCGCCAUCGGCGUCCAAGUCUUCGUUCUCCUCGCAGGGUACCUCAUCAUCCCAGACUACCCAGCCAAAAAUACGGACCUGACUCCAGGCCUGCUCGUCAAUCUCGCCUCAUGCGCAUGCUUCACCAACUUCUGGGUCACACUCACCUUUCUUCUCGGCGGCGCGCCGUACUUCUAUUCGACGCUAACGAUCGGGCUCUUUGGUUUGAUCGGGAUCCUUAGUGUCGUCUGCGGGCCGCUGUUUGGCAAGCUGAUCGACGGGCUGAUGCCCUGCGAUCCAGACUGCUGCGGGGACGAUGAGUGUGGCGGUGGUCGUCAUUGCUAUAAUUGGUCUCGACAUGUUCCGUCAGUCGCUGCAGAUGUCCUUGGCGGCAGCCGUAUUCGACUGCGAGAGCAGGUUGAACGCCCUAUUCGUGCUGUCGGUGUGUGGAUUUUCAAUGCCAUCAGAGAUCCGUUCUUGACCAAGGUGUACACGGCAUACGGCUGGCGGGCAGCCGCGGCUCUCAAUAUGGGCUUCUACGGCUGGAUUCUGAUUGUCCUGCUUGUGCGCGGGCCACAUUGUGGUCGCUUCACGUGGUUCGGCUACGAAGGAUGGGCCGUGAAAAAAGUCAAGGCUGCCCAAACCAUGGAUGACACACAGAGUAAAAGCUCCAGUGUAGGAGGGGAUCAAGAGGCUGCUCCCUCAGAGAAAUAG